AUGACCCAACGAUCUUCUGUCACCAUCAAGUCAGGAGGCACUCGGAACUUCAGUGCUUCUUCGGCCAGCCUCCUCCCAGGCUGCCGGCCCAGCUUCAGCUCUGUCUCUGUGUCCCAGGGUGGAAAGAGCUUUGGGGGUGGUUUUGGGGGUGGUUUCGGGACCAGGAGCCUCCACAGCUUUGGGGGUAGCAAGAGAAUCUCCAUCAGUGGAGGCUACUGCUCCAACCGGGCUGGUGUUGGGGGUGCUGGCUAUGGGCUGGGUCUUGGAGGCAUGGGCUACAGGGUUGGGGGAGCCUUUGGUGGGCAUGGAUUUGGAGCCGGGAUGAUGACUGGCUCUGGGGGCAUCCAGGAGGUCACCGUCAACCAAAGCCUCCUGACCCCCCUCCACCUGGAGAUUGAUCCCUCUCUCCAGCGGGUGCGAAAGGAGGAGAAGGAACAGAUCAAGACCCUCAACAACAAGUUUGCCUCCUUCAUUGACAAGGUGCGGUUCCUGGAGCAGCAGAACAAGGUCCUGGAGACCAAAUGGAGUCUCCUGCAGGAACAUAAAACCACCAGGGCCAAUAUCGAGCCCAUGUUUGAAGCCUACAUCAGCAACCUGAGGCGGCAGCUGGACUGCCUGGGUGGAGAGCGGUCUCGGCUGGAGACGGAGCUCAAGAACAUGCAGGACGUGGUAGAAGACUUCAAGAACAAAUAUGAAGAAGAAAUCAACAGGCGCACAGUGGCAGAGAAUGAGUUUGUGGUGCUCAAGAAGGAUGUGGAUGCUGCCUACAUGAACAAGGUGGAGCUGGAGGCCAAGGUGGAUGCCUUAAUGGAUGAAAUCAACUUCUUGAGAGCUUUCUAUGAUGCGGAGCUGGCUCAGCUUCAGGCCCAGAUCUCAGAAACCUCCGUGGUCCUGUCCAUGGACAACAACCGCAAGCUGGACCUGGACAGCAUUAUCUCUGAGGUCAAGGCCCAGUACGAGGACAUUGCCAACCGCAGCCGAGCUGAGGCCGAGUCCUGGUACCAGAUCAAGUACGAGGAACUGCAGCGGUCCGCUGGCCGCCAUGGCGAUGACCUCCGCACCACCAAGAUGGAGAUCUCCGAGCUGAACCGCGUGAUGCAGAGGCUGCGCUCUGAGAUCGAUAACCUGAAGAAGCAGUGUACCACGCUCCAGAAUGCAAUCGCUGAUGCCGAGCAGCGUGGAGAGCUGGCCCUCAAGGAUGCCAAGCACAAGCUGGCUGAGCUGGAGGACGCCCUUCAAAAGGCCAAGCAGGAAAUGGCCCGGCAGCUGCGUGAGUACCAGGAGCUCAUGAACGUCAAACUGGCCCUGGACAUAGAGAUCGCCACCUACCGCAAGCUGCUGGAGGGCGAGGAGUGCAGACUCACUGGGGAAGGUGUCGGACCUGUGAACAUCUCCGUGGUUUCCUCCACCGGGGGCACAGGCUACAGUGCAGGUGGCGGUGGCCUCUGUGUGGCCGGAGGCGGCUACAGCAGCAGCCUGGGCUAUAGCGGGGGCGGCGGCUUCAGCUCCACCAGUGGUCGCAACAUGAGCGGCAGCAGCUCCAGCGUGCGCAUCAUCUCCAAGACAUCAUCCACCAAGAAGAGUUACCGGAGCUAA